GUCAAUUAAAACAAAUUUGUCGCCGGAAUUCUCUAUAGCUGUCACCAGAAAAAUAAACAAAAACGAACUCAAGUCUGAUUUCAUUCAAUUAAGCUAGUUUUUUGGGUUUCGUCGGAUUCAUUUUCGGACAUGGAGCCUUUGCAGAUUAAUAGUGGUGAGGAUUUUGUCAAGGUCAACAUAUCCAAUUCUAAAAAUAAUGGCAUUGCAUUGGACCUGAAAUUUGCUAAAAGCCUUUCGGUGGGACAACUGAAGUGCAAAUUGGAAAUCAUCACAGGCGGCAAUGCAGCUACUAUGCAACUGGAGUUGUAUAAUGGUGAACGGUUGGUCACAAAACUGCAUGACGACGCCACCUUGCUGGGCGCGUUGCCAAUAGAAACGGGUAUGCGCAUACAUGUAAUUGAUAACUUCAACUGGAUAACAGAUGUGGAGAAAUUCGAAUUGACCAAUGAACAAUACGAAACCAAACCGGAUACAGUGCGAAAUUUUCUUAAGAAGAAUCGCAUGGGCAAGUAUAAUGAGGAAGAAGCGCGUCAGAAGGAGGAAAAAUUGCAACGACAGAAACAGCUGGACCAAGAACGCGCCGACUUGUGUACCAUUGGGGCGCGAUGUCAGGUAACAGUGCCAGGUAAUCCAUUGAGAAGAGGCACAAUAAGAUACAAGGGACCAAUCGAUGGCAAGAAAUGCAUAUUUAUUGGCGUGGAGUACGAUGAGCCACUUGGCAAAAAUAAUGGAAGUAUCGAGGGUAGGAGUUACUUUAGUUGCGCACCAAACUAUGGUGGUUUUGUGCUGCCAAAUGCUGUAGAGGUGGGCGAUUUCCCCCCAGAAGAUGCGGGUCUCGAUGAUGAUGAGAUUUAAGCUGGGCGCACUUAAACUGUUGCCAGUCAGAUGUAUUUCCUCACUGUUCAGUUUGUAUUAAGUCUAGUAUUUAUAAUAAAAAUGUGAAAUUAGUUUAGCUAUUUUUAUUGCAUACUUUGAAUUUAAAUGAUAUGAGAUUUAAAAUGACUCAAGGAAAGAGCAUACAAAACAUGCAUACUUAUAUUUAGCAUGUUUGUACAUUUUAAAAUAAUUUUGAAUAAUUUAAAUAUUUUCGGCGUAUAUGGCGUGAUGAAAUAAAAUUACGAAACAAAUUAAAACCCAAACCAGAAAAAUCACCUACAACACACCUUAAUCGCCGAACCGUAAUACCGUGGCGCCCUUUUAAAUACGGGCACAGCUCGCGCACUCCCACUUUGUUUUUUUUUUUUUAUAUGGUACAUUUCGUGCUGUCAUUCGCGUCAUGACUAAGCGCCGGCAAGGUGCGAGUGGGACGCGCUGGGCCACUUCAUCGCACCCUACCAACGACAAAGCGAAAUGUGCGAUAAAGCUGUAAUAACAGCAAGUUGCUGAAAGCAUGUACACCAACCGGCUGUGUUGGUUUUCAUGCUUCAGUCCAUUCAUAAACGCGGUAAGGUGCACAACCAUUAUAUGGCUAAUAUCGCUUAGCAAUUAGUAGCGCGGUUAAGUCUUGCCGGGUGCACUAACAAUCAACAAUCGAACACAGUAUAUGGUUUAUUUACUUAGCUCUUUUUUUUGUUUAUAGCAACUGUUGUUGUAUUUUUAAUUAGUUUUGUUAACACAAAAAAAAGAGCAAUAAGCUGCCAAGUCAAUACUGAUAAGUAAAUAAAUGAUAUGCAAUCAAGUGCAAUUGACGGAAGUAAAAAAAGUUUGCGAGAAUUUGUUGCCAUCAAAAAAAGCUGCGUUGAACAAAGGGCGCCAGUGUGUGCAAUAAAAAUACAAUACACAAAAUCUUGUUUUCUAAAUGAAAUCGAAUUCAAAUAGCAUUGUAAAUUUACUUGUACUAAAUUGCAAACAUACAUAUGUAUGUGUGUCUGUAUGUGAAGUUAAAUGUGGCGCUGUUGUUUUAGUUUUUUGUUUUAUUUGACUGCAAAACAAGUGUGAAUUUUAUUUUAGUGCGAGAAAUUUGUGUACAAUACAAUAAUUGUUGCUUGCUUUGGAGAAUGUAUGUAUGAAUGUACUGGUAUUUAGUACAUCGUAUGCAUCUACAAACUUACAUACAUACGUACAUAUGCAUGAAAAUUUGACAUGCUGCGAAUUGAAAUAAUGCAAUGCAGUUACGUCUGGCAGACUUUCCCAAAACUAUUUAUAAAUCAAACGACUGUUUAUAUUUUCUGAAUCAUAAAAGCGGGCUAUAUGAAGAUUUU